UGUUCAUCUCGAGAGCUAACCAGUUCAACAGCUAAGCUUUUCUGACCUGUCCUGUUGGUCACUUAUAACGAGAAAACCAUUAUGAAGCUCAUCGGAUAAAAUCACCGGUCCCAUACCGGCGCUGCGACGCACCGAUCGAAUCCGAUUCCCCGUGGCGCUGAGCGACAAACAUGCAAAACCACUUGCAGCUAGACAAGCGCAAAAGCUGCGCAAAUCCUGCGCUGUUUGUCUGUUUGCGCUUUACCUUUUCUUAUUUUACAUUUAAUGUUUACUGCCACAACCUGUCUAUGCGUACGAUCGUUCUGCAUUACGAGCUGCUGGUAUGGAGCACCUUACGGGCCCCACCUUGCGGCCACUUGAUCGUUGUCACCAAAGGUUGAGUAAGCGUCGCUCACGCAGCGUGUACCUCCUGUCCGGUUGCUAUUGCGGUGCAAUUACUGUGUUUGCCAUCGGCGAAUCAAUAAAUCAAUCAAACCCUCUGCUCCCUUGCAUGGGCACCGCCACCACCGUCAGUUGCUUAAGUGUCACCUGAUCGUCUCGUUGGUCGCUCUUCCUCGAUCACACACACGCCGGUCAGUACGCGGUGCAGUGCCUUACCUCGUGUAAUCGCAACAGGUUCGCCCGCCGAGGACGAAGAGGAGAUAUGUCCGGCCAACCAUCGACCAUUAUCGUUCAGGUGAUCGUCCUCCAGGUGCUGCUGCUGCUCGUGGUCCUCGUGGUUGCGAUCACCGACAGCACCGGUGUGGCCGGUGAGGAGUUUGUGGCGAUACGACGUACCGAUGGGACCGGCAAUCGGACACUGCCCCUCUGUUGGGCCAUAAAACUGUCCCCGACGGCGUUCGUUGGCGAAGCAGAGUGUGUUCGCCAUUACCGUAAGCACCAAAUAGUGAUGAUUUACGGUGAUGUCCGGCCAAGAGCUACGCACCAAGAGCGGGUCCGUUUGCGUCGGAAGCUGGCCAGCCUACGGGAACCAGCGUGCCGGCAUCGUGUGCCAUCGGUAAUGAUGGUGGUCAGUGGUGCAGCCCCUGAAGAUGGCAACCAUCGGUCCGAUCUUACACGGACGGUGCGCAACUUUGUCGCCUCGUACAGCCUGUUGGCGGUGCAAAAAGAAGGCGUAGACGCGGGAACCUGUCGUGUUUGCCAUGUACUGGGGAUUCGUCGGGUGCUACCAUGCCCAGCGGAACCAGGAACCGUCGUGCUUUAUCCUGAUUGCCUCCAACAGAUUGAGGGACUUGUUAGUCGCACGUACGAGAGACAGCGCAACCUGCUCGAAAGCUGGCGGUGGCAUUUGCGGCACCGACUCCAGAACUCGCUCUAUGCCGAACUCGAACAGAAGGGGCGACUGCGGAUGGAGCUGUUAAAGUUUAUGACUACAAUACGGUAUUAACCUCGGGUUCGCGGGAACGCGCGCUCACCGGUGUGGGAAGUGUAGAUGACAUAAAAUGUUGCAACAAUAAAGUUGACCGCUGCUGGUAGUUAGCCUUUGCUGACCGGGGUACAGGUUUGC